AUGGAGGAUUAUGAAACUGUUGCAUUAACUGAAGAGUGUAGUGUAAUUAUUCAAAACAAGCUUCCUCAAAAGUUAAGAGAUCCGGGCAAUUUUACUAUACCUUGCACUAUUGGAAACUUUCAUUGUGAGAGAGCUUCAUGUGAUUUAGGUGCAAGUAUAAAUUUAAUGUCGCUGUCUGUAUUUAAAAGACUUGGUUUGGGGGAAGCUAGACCGACUACCAUUACUCUUCAAUUAGUUGAUCGUUCUUUAACUCAUCCCAGAGGUAUUAUAGAUGUUCUAGUAAAGGUAGACAAGUUCAUUUUCCCAAUUGACUUUAUUGUAUUAGAUAUGGAGGAAGAUGAGGAUGUGCCUAUUAUAUUAGGAUGA